UCUGCUCCUUUUAAGCCGGCAUUUUUGGGAGGGAGGUCCCUGCGAAUCAUAUACAAACACUCAGUCAACCAUCCUCACUCGCCCCUCACGCUGCACCAGCAGAGAACUCACCUACUCCUUCACACACAGGGUGUCGGCAUGGCAAACAAAGGUCCAACCUUCGGCAUGAGCCGGCAGGUUCAGGAUAAGAUCGACAGCAAGUAUGACUCUGACCUGGAGCAGAUCCUGGUGGAGUGGAUCAGCCGUCAGUGUGGCUCCGGCGUGGGAAGACCAGAGGCUGGCAAGUUGGGCUUCCAGGCCUGGCUGAAGGACGGAUGUGUUCUAAGCGAACUUGUUAAUAGUCUGUUUGCCGGAGAGAAACCUGUGAAGAAGAUUCAGAGCUCGCCCAUGGCCUUCAAGCAGAUGGAGCAGAUCUCCCAGUUCCUCAACGCUGCAGAGAAGUACGGCGUCACCAAGACUGACAUGUUCCAGACUGUGGACCUCUGGGAAGGUAAGGACCUAGCAGCAGUGCAGAGGACUCUGUCAGCUCUGGGCAGCUUGGCCGUCACCAAGGAUGAAGGCACAUACAAUGGAGAUCCUAACUGGUUCUUCAAGAAAGCUCAGGAGAACAAGCGCGAAUUUAGCGACGAGCAGAUAAAGGCGGGCAAAAAUGUGAUUGGCCUACAGAUGGGGUCCAAUAAAGGAGCCAGUCAGGAGGGCAUGAGCUACGGAAGACCUCGACAGAUCCUGUAAAUCCAAUGAGCCACCGAAACCUCUUUAGCUCCCCUUUUACCAAAACCUUUGAUGGCCCGUACACCUUCUUAGAGCCUGUAAAUGUCUAACUGGUCAAAUACAACUCCCCUUUCUGCUUCAGAGUUUAGUGAUUUUAUAACAACUAUCAUCUUCCUCCGUAGUCUUGAUACUUGCCUUGAACCCCUCAUUUACAUGCUUGCACUGGUGACCCUUGCAGAGCUCACCAUGCUUUGUCUUCCAGCUGCAAUUAGAUCGAGUACAACUGAAUGUUUGUAGUCUUAGGAUGGAAUAGUAACAAUAAAAAUAACCAACGUUUUGCCUAAAACCAAACCAAAAUGACAUGUUCCAAAAGUUGAUGUAUUCUUUCCUCGGCCAGCAGUUCUGACCAGAUUCAUCUCAGAUGUCUGAAUUAUGACCUCUCUUUUAUAGAUUUUUAGAAAUAUUGGUUUUGGAUUCUCACACAAAUAAUUAUUUGUUUACAUAAUUUGCCAAAGAGACAUUCUUUCCAAAUUGACAAGCACGGCUGUGUCGUACCAUUGCUCCUCGUUGUUACUGCUAAACAUUGUUCAGUAUCUACCACGUACCACGUUGCUACGCCUGCUGUAUCAGCGCCAAUAUUUUUGUACAUUGUCUUAAUAAAUAAUGACUUUGAAAUACA